AGGACCAUGGCUCUCUCCAGGAUCUAUCGAGAGUCUUUGCUGGUGAUUUUACUGCAAAUUGUGCUGAUUUGCUCGGCUCAGAGGGGCCCGGUCGGUCCCAGAGGGCCCCAGGGGCCGCCAGGAGCAGCCGGCGUGCCCGGAGUGGACGGCAUUGAUGGCGACAGAGGAGAAGACUCCAAGGUGGACGGCGGACCAGGUCUUGACGGUGAUAACGGCAAAGACGGAGCUCCAGGAGCUGCAGGCCUUCCAGGAGCAGAUGGACCUGUUGGACCUCCUGGAGAUCCAGGUCCAGUGGGCCCAAUAGGACCAAAAGGAGAUCCUGGACCACGUGGGCCUGCCGGUGAGCCCGGUGUAGGACCUGAUGGGCUGGAUGGUAUUCCAGGUACAGACGGGCUACCAGGCGAACUGGGCAAAGUUGGACCACCUGGAGCGAGAGGCAAGAGAGGUCCGGUUGGUCUUCCUGGUGCUGCUGGGCCACGGGGUCCUCCAGGAGUGUAUCAAGGCGAGGACCUGUGUCCCAACGCCUGCCCUUCUGGUCUGUCUGGACAUGCUGGUCUCCCCGGCAUGAAAGGCCACAAAGGGGUUAAAGGUGAAUCUGGUGAGCCUGGAAAACAAGGACACAAGGGAGAGGAGGGCGAACAAGGACUGCAGGGGGAAGUUGGAGCUCAAGGACUACCAGGCCCAGGUGGACCAAAAGGCCUCCCAGGAAUAAUUGGCUCCAAAGGUGACAGGGGACCUCGGGGAAAACCAGGUGAUGCAGGUCCUCAGGGAAUCCAGGGGGGCCCAGGUGAUUCAGGUCAGAGAGGGGCCAUAGGUGAGCCCGGGCCAGCAGGAGUUCAGGGUGAUAGAGGUCCAGCUGGAAUCAGAGGAGUGCCAGGGCCAAAAGGAGAGCCUGGUCUCCCUGGUCCAGAUGGCCGUGAGGGAAUUCCCGGGCUGCCAGGGUCCAAGGGUCUUACAGGGAAAAGUGGGGCUCCAGGUGAUGCUGGCCCACAAGGACUUCCUGGCUUGCCAGGUGCUUAUGGCCAAAAAGGAGUCAGCGGUGCAGUGGGUAACCCAGGUGAUCCAGGUGUUGUAGGAAUGAUGGGGUCUUCAGGGAAACAAGGCGAGCGUGGCGAGCAGGGAGAGGUGGGACCUCCUGGACCAAGAGGCGGACCAGGUGCACGAGGAGAGAAAGGGCCUGACGGGCCUUCAGGGUUACCAGGAGCCAGGGGAGCUAAAGGGGACCCAGGCCUUCCUGGACUUCCUGGUCCUGCUGGUUAUCGUGGGCAGAAGGGCGACAGGGGUGCAGUCGGUCUCGAUGGUCCAAAGGGAGACCAGGGACCUCCAGGUGCUGAAGGAACACCAGGAGAGGGCGGAGAUGUGGGUGAUCCAGGAGAACCAGGAGAGAAAGGAUCGACAGGCCCACCAGGAGAGACAGGGAAUAAAGGACCUGAGGGCAGCCGAGGACAACACGGGAAAGAGGGCAAGGAGGGCCAACCGGGACCUCGCGGCAUGCAGGGCGACAUGGGGGUACCAGGCCUGCCGGGAUCUCAGGGACCAGCGGGAAAAUCACCAACAGAUACACACAUCAAACAAGUCUGCAUGAGGGUAAUGCAAGAGCAGCUGGCCCAGCUAGCGGCUAGCCUGAGCAGGCCUGAGUCAGGCAUCUCUGGGCUGCCUGGUCCCCCCGGCCCACCUGGACCUCCAGGCCCCGCCGGAGAGAAUGGGUUCCCUGGACACACCGGAUCACGAGGACUGCCCGGUCUGAAGGGUCCAGCUGGGCUUAUGGGUCGCAAAGGACUGAAAGGUGACCAGGGUGACAAAGGGGACAGAGGACCCACGACGAGAGGACCCAAAGGAGCACCAGGUGCCCCCGGUCUAACAGGUGAGCCUGGUCGACCGGCUUACGGCAAAGACGGUCGUGACGGAGAGAGGGGACCCCGUGGUGUUCCCGGUGUGACCGGCGUUCCCGGGCCUCCUGGUCAUCCUGGUAUGAACGGUUACUGUGAGUCGUCGCAGUGCAUCCUGCCCAUGGUGGCGUCGCCGGUUUCUGCAAAGGACUCGAGCAUGAAGGGCCCCAGUGACAUGUGAGGAGGGGCCGGAGCGGAGAACUGAGAGACUGGAGGAGAAAUGGAAGAUCCAUGGAAAAUUUGUCCAUGUUUGUCUUUUUUUUUUUUUUUUUUUUUAAAUUUGGCGAGCUCAUUUGGAAAGUAAUUUUGUUCUCUUGAAGCCAUCUUUGGGGUUUUAAACUGACAUGAAGGUGGACACUGAACAGCAAACAACAGCUUUUGAAACUCCUUUGCAUAAAAAGUUUCAUUUUACCUCACUUCCUGCCAUCUCUGUACUGUAAAAUUAAAGAAGCGAAGAACUCACUGUGUAUGUGCAAACCCACCAGCACCAGCCACAUUUCUACCCAAGCAACGAGACGAGUCUGAAAGUUUUUCUGUAUGUUUAUGUAAAUGUGUCAAUACGCAAAUUAUACAGCUGGAUGACGUACAUUUUGUUUGUGAGUAUCUUUGUUGUUUACCCACUUUAAU